AUGUGGCCCCGUUUGGGCCCGCUUGUGGCACUGUUGCUGAUGAUGAUAGUGACGGAAAGGCACAUUCUUGCUGACAUUCCGAUCGACGAGUACCAGAACGAAAAGCUCCUAACGGUGGUACCGUGCGUGAAGCGGCUCUGUGAGAAGUACUUUCGAUCGGAGCGUGCCAUGAAGGGCUCGCUGGCGAUCAUCAACAUCAAACCGGACGCGUCCGCCUUUCAGCUCAGCAUUCUGCGUUCGUUCAACGAGGAUCCACGGCACGAGAUGGGCGUGAUGGUGAAGGAUGCACGCAAGAAACACUGGAACGCAUCGCACGUCACGGAGAAGGCAAAGAACUAUCUGAUGCUGAUCGGCGAUUCGUCGGAGCUGGCGGCACCGAUCCAUCAGCUGCGUCGGCUCCCUACUUGGAAUCCGCUCGCCCAGGUGGUGGUGGUGUUUACGUUCGAGAUGACGCCGCUCGUGUUCGAGAUCGAGGUACGGAACGUGCUGCAGGAACUGUUCGACAACUCGGUGCUGAACGUGAACGUGAUGGUGCAGCGGUACAACACGAGCGUGCUGGAAACGUGGACCUGGUUUCCGUAUGAGAGUGGUGGGUGCGCGGACAAUAUUGCCCAGGUACGGCUCGUCGAUGAGUGCGAGUUCGUGGAGGAGAACGAUGGGUCGGUGGUGCUAGAGCCCAAUGUCCGCUGGCGGCCAAUGUUCCGCGAGGUGCACCAUUUUUCCGACUACGGUCCGAAGAUACCGAAGUACUACAACUACUGUCCGCUCAAGAUUACGACCAGCAUCUGGGAACCGUUUGUGGUGGGAAACGAGAGUCACAUCGAGAAGGGGCUGGAGGUGCUGAUGCUCGACACGAUUACGGCCCGGAUGCGGCUGGUUCCGGUGUACGGUGUGCUGGAUGCGGCCCGGGCGACGGCUCGCAUAACGGCCGACAACCAGACGGGGCUGUACGCGGACGUUAUACAGCGCCGGACGGAUCUGAUGAUUGGUGGGCUGUACGAGAAUCCAAUCAGUCGCCGGUUACUGUCGGCCACGAUCCCGUACUAUCAGGAUGAUCUGACGUGGUGUGUCGCUACGGCACGGCACGCACCGAAAUGGUUGAACGUGUUCAUCAUCUUCAACAUCUGGACGUGGCUGAUCGCGAUCUUUAUCAUUUUCGCAGCGGCCGCCUUGCUGUAUCGGUUCAACUACGUGGAGCAGCUGUAUCGGGUCAACUUCACUUGGAUGCUGCUCCAAUCGCUUGCAUUUUCGCUCAGCGUUUACGCACACUACUGGCCACGGCGUGUCUCGAUUCGAUUCUUUCUGAUCGGUUACAUGUUCUACGGGUUGCACUGGAAUGCGGCGUAUCAUAGUUUUUUGAUUUCGGUGCUUACGAGACCACGGUAUGAGGUGCAGAUUGCUAGCGUCGAUCAGGCCAUUGGCAGUGGGUUUGGUUUUGCGGGGCCAGAGAACGGGCUGGUGCAUUUCGACAAACCGGACGAGCGGUCGCGUCACAUUGCGGCCCAUUAUCGGGUGUGCCCGGAUAUGGACGUGUGUUUGGCAACGAUCCGGAGUGAUCGCCAGCUGGCGGUCGCUAUUUCGCGGGCUCACUCGAGCAACAGCCGGAGUAUCGGCGAGGCGGAAAUGUACUGUUUUGCGAAGACGGAAAACAUCUACACGUACUCGGUGAGCAUGCUGGCGAAGAAGGACUUUCAUCUGUUGCCCAAAAUCAAUGAUCUGAUCCGGCGCAUCAGCGAGUCGGGGCUGCUGGGCAAGUGGCAGAAGGAGAGUGAAAAGAUUCGGAUCGAUGAUGAGGAUGAGUCGGACGAUCGGCAGACGAUACUGCGGUUGGAUCACAUCCAGGGUGCGUUCCUGCUGUGGACGGUCGGUUUGGCGUUGUCGCUCGUUGGUUUUGUCGCGGAAAGGCUCUAUCAUCGGGCGUGGCUGCGGUACCAGUGGAUGGCUAAUCCACUCGAUCGCUUCAUCUGCUAA